GUGAUUUUUUUUUCAGACGUAGAAUCGGAUAUUGAGCGAUGUGGAAUGUCAAUGUUUGUUUAGUAUAUUUGUUUCCCUUGGUCUUUUUACAAGGGCAAGUUCCUCGCAGCUGUUAUCUUUGCUUGUUAUGAUUAUGUAAUUGUCUAGUAAAUAUUUACAAUAAGUCUUGCACAUUUUAUUAAUGUUAUUUAUAACCAACGAUUGAUAGCCCAGUUUAUUACCUCCAAUUAUUGUGCAGGUAUAAAGAUCGUUUAGGCUGAGGAGUAUACUUUUCGAUACACGAUGCACGUUUUGAACUUUACGCGAAUCGCUGAAUAGAAUUGUUGGAUUACCUAUAUACCUGUUUCACAUAAGAAGAUACUAUUUGGAAAAUGCCGUAUAGCUGCUUAUAGUAUAGUACAGUGGGUAUCGAACUUGUUCGAUUUUCGUGCAGCGUAUACCAUCCAGUCCGGCAAAUGGUGUAUGUGCUGUGUUGGAAUAAGGUUCAGUUGAUGUGAAAAAAAUGAUGUCUUUCCCGUCUCCCGUCAUGUUGUUGGCGACUCUCACCGUUGGAGCCAUUGUUGCUAAAAUAAUGGAAUACUUCCUACGAAGACCCUACGUGGAUAACAUUACCAAAGACAAAUACGUAUUCAUCACUGGAUGCGACACUGGAUUCGGCAACAAACUUGCUAGGCAACUUGAUACCAAGGGUGUUCACGUCAUUGCCACUUGUCUGACUGAGAAAGGACGAAGUGAUCUUGAUGACGUCACAUCCGGAAGGGUCAAGACCUUGCUCCUCGAUGUCACUGACCACGACAGUGUUGCCAAAGCGUAUGAGGAAGUGCUGAAGAUUAUACCACACGAAAGAGCUCUCUGGGGCGUUGUUAAUAACGCUGGCGUAUCCAAUAUUGCCGCCUUUGUUGAAUUGAGCAAACGGCAAGAUUACGAGAAAGUUUUGGCGGUAAACCUAUUUGGUGUCAUCGAUGUUACUCUGACAUUCUUACCGCUUCUCAAGAAAAGCAGUGGUCGGUUGGUCAACAUCGCCAGCUGCGCUGGGAGAUUAGCUGCUCUCCCCGGUGGAUACAGCGUGUCAAAGUUUGCAGUAGAAGCAUUUUCCGACAUUGUGCGGAGAGACCGUAGGAAUUUCGGGUAUUCCUUUAAAGUGAGCAUCAUCGAGCCAGGAUUCUUUGACACUUAUAUGGCAUCAAAGGACACUAUAGCACGAAACACCAUGUCUCUUUGGAACCGACUUUCUGAUGAGGAGAAAAAGGAAUUCCCAGAAGCGUUGGUACAAAAAUUCAUUGAUGAGAAAGGUUCCCUGAUCACUUCCAUGGUGUCAAGUGACUUCGCCAAAGUGACUGACGCCAUUGAGCAUGCGCUGUUUUCUACUUGGCCCAAGACGCGAUACGCCGUGGGUUGGGACGCGAAGCUGAUCUGGAUGCCAAUGUCUUAUGCACCAACUUGGAUUCAAGAUAAGCUCUGCCCUUAAAGAUAAGCCUGAAUGCCACUUGUGCUAACGAGAUCAAAUUACUUCGAACAGGUUCUAAUUAAAAGGAACACCGAAAUGUUUGAGUGUAUAAAUAUUUUUUUUUAAAUGUAUAUUUUGUGGAAUGUGAAACAGUGAAUCGAAUCACAC